AUGAAAAAGUUGAUCAAACACUUUCAUACUAGCGAUAGACAAGAAGCUGAUUAUGAGAUAACAAUACAAACAGGUGAUACAAAAUUUAAUUCCAAUGUUUUGCUUAAAAUUCGUGGUGAAAAUGGCAUAAUAUCAGUACCAUUGAAAGAGACCAAAUCGGGAGAUAAACCGUUUCAAAAUAAUUCAAUCGAUGAAUUUUCUACAAAAGCCAAUGAUGUUGGCAUAAUACGUAAAAUAACUGUUCAACAUGAUGGAAAAGAUUCACAAGAUAUUUGGUAUUUAAAGUCAGUAAAAAUUCGAAAAGGAACUGAUACUUAUGAAUUUCAAGCUGAUCGCCGACUCGACAGUAAAGAACAACGAGUUGAUUUAUAUGCAGUUUCAGGUAGUCACAAAAAAGAAGAUUAUGUUCAAACAGAAUUACGGCGACUACGAGAAAGUUUGAAGACUGAAUCUUAUAAAAUGAGACGUCCGCGACAUAAGGCAUAUGAGCCGUAUGUAUACAACGAUCUUGGUCCAUAUUUUGAUACGGCACCAGUUGAGAAAGCAAUUUAUUCACCCUUGGAUUAUCCACUAGGUUAUCAUACCAGAAUAACGGCCCUUCAGAUUGUUGAACCGUGGGAAGCGUAUGGUAUGGAUUCUGGUAAAAAUUAUGAGUUAUUAAAACAACGUAAAGCUCGAAGUGCAAGUCAUAAACGAACACCUCAACAUGCUGACAACGAUACAAUCGAUCGUAAACAGGGCAGUACUCAUCUUCCUCAAUUUCCAAGUGUUAGUAUGAAAAAACCAUCCGAAUAUCAGCGAGCAUUAACAAUGACAGAUGUACCUAAAAUUCGAAAUUUUGUUAAAACACGUUAUAGUGAAGGUGCUGAUGCAAGAAUUGAUCAAGAUUAUCGUCGAACAAAAGAUGAUUUUUAUCGAAUGAGAUUAGAUGAAAUUGAAAGUUAUCAUAAGUUAUCACGUGAUAAUAUGUUACGGGUUUAUCAUUCGUAUUUGGAAAAUACACCUGGAUCUAAAAAGGCUCUUAGAGAAUUGUGUAAUUGUUCAAUUGUAUCAAGUCGAGAUAUUGA